AUGGAUAUGAUGGCCCUGGGCUUCACAGCCGCCGCCUCCGGCUCCGAUAUACACUCCAACCUAAGCUCGACACUGGCCGCAACCUCCUCUUCGUCCCUGAGUUCACUCACGGACUACUCAACAUACCCUGUAAUGCGCUAUGGUGACCGCACCUACUUUCGUGAUCCGGAGAACGUCUACCCUUUGCCCUGCGACCUGCCCGAAAUCCACCGUCAAAGCCUGCGGACGUUGAUGCUGCUGCGAAUCGCAUGCGGGUCCGGGCUUUGGUCUGGUCUGUGCCACGAAUAUUUCACCCGCAGGGGCCAUCCCGACGUAGCCUUUGCCGGGAUAGAUGUUAUCUCCAUCGCACCGGAUCUGCGCAAGCAGGGUAUGAACUGGCAAUUCAAACGUCAUGAUCUACGCCGACCCCGCUUACCCUUCCCGGACGACUAUUUUGAUUUCGUAUUCAUUAAAGAUGCCGGCAUGUGUCCUUCCAGUCCGGCACAAUCUGCAUCGGGCUUGAGCGAGCCCCUGCGCGUGCUGAAGUCUGGGGGGAUCCUGGAGGUGUGGGAUUCGGAUUGGAGCUUUCGUUCGCUCCUGCCUAAUCCGGCUCCGGCACGUAAAACAACCUCGAAAGAACAGGAGAUCGCCGAUGCAACGGCUACUUAUACAUUCUCCUCCGCCACACCAUUCACACGAGCGCAGAAUAAGUUCGUGGUUGAUUAUAACUCCUGGGUGGAGAAGUCGUUCGACCGUCUGAAAUUGACAGCGCUCCCGUGCGCAACGAUCGGCCUAUCCUUCAACUCCGAAGUGGACUUGUUAGAAAAUGUCGACAGUCGCCGCGUCGCAAUUCCCCUGGGAGACUUGCGCUGGGAGCGAGACGGCCAAGGCAAGGAUUCCAAGAACCGACCACGAAAGGCCCUGACUCCAGAGCAAAUCUCCAUCCGGCGCACAGCUCUCAUCACCACAAUUCAAAUGAUUGAAGGGCUAGAACCAAUAUUGAUGGAAUCUAGCGGAAAGGGUCGCGACGAAUGGGACCGAUGGUGGGCUGCAAUGACAGCCGACCUCCUGCAGAAAGGCGGACUCGCCAGCGGCGAGUGCCUUGAAGUGAGCGCCUGGUGGGGUAAAAAGAAAUGA